GCAUAACCGCGUUGCUACCGUCAACUAAGCAGAAGCAGAAACGCGACAGAAUUACAGAAUGAAAUCAGACCACAAUUAAGGAUUCAAGAAAAGCAGAAUGGAGGCACCUGUUUCUCAGCAGAUGAGUCAUGCCGAUGACGGUCAUCAGCUACAAACCGGUUUGACUACUGCCGAAGGCACAACACCAUACAGCUACACAGAUCCCGAGUUCCAAUCACCAGCAGCAGGAGGAGGGAAUGGCUACCCGGCUAGCUUCCCUCAGUACUCAGCGGAACCCCCUCCAUCAUCAUACCAUCCUGAUAGCGGCUGGCUUGGAGCUAGUGGCUUAGGUUAUAAUAGCGAAGAAGAUGCCUGGUCACAGAGUGAUAUAUCCUUAGUUGGACCCGAAGAGAGCCUCUUGGAUGAAAAUGGGACCAAGCCGUCUGAAACUCUGAAGAAAUUCUCAAGAGAUGACAAGUUGAGGAUGUUGGCCCUCAGACGUCACCUUGAUAACCUUGAUCGUCAGCUCCUGGAUCAAGAGAACAUAGUCGAUACGACUAGGGAGGAACUUGACAAGUGUAGGACGAGCCUUGAAGCGCUGACCUUGGAACGUGAUCAUGUCAUGAUACAGCUUGAUAUAUGUCAGAGGGAUGGUCACUCUGCUAACAUGUACAGACUACAGAGCAAGUUAGACAAGCUAGCCAAAGAAUUGGGAGCAGAGGGGAUAUUAGAAGCACAGAUCAUGGAAAGACUUGAUAAGGCUGAGUUGCAGCUAUCCCGGUUUGAUCUUGAGCGAGGCAAGUACCUGCUUGAAGAAGAGGAACUUGAGAAGAAGGAAGCUGAUCUAGAGUUGGAGAGGAAGGCUAAUGCUGCCAGGAGAGCCCAGAAGGAAAGUAAAUAUCUGUCCCAGGCGGAGCAGAGGAAAAACAUCAGAGAAAGAGAUCACAUAGAGGCUUUGAUGGAACAUGAUAGGAAGCAUAGGGAGGCAGUGAAUGCUGCCAAGAAAAGCCAAGAAGUUGCUUCACAAUACCUCAAACAAUCCUUGGCAAGAUAUCGUCAGGAAGAGGCUGAUGAAUUAGAAAGAGAGAAAGCACAUGCCGAGAAAAGAAUGGGCACUUUGCUUAAACUCAAGCAAGACAUCAGCUCCAAUAGGGAGAACCUCCGCGCUCUUCAGGCUCGUAACCGCUAUGAAGCUAAACUGGAGCGGAAGGAAACUGAGGAUGAGACAGAUCAGCUGAUCACCGGAGGGGAGAAUGCUGCUGAAGUCAUGCUCACUAAACAAAGGAUUGAUGAAAGAGAGAAUAGGAGAAAGAAAUAUAAAGCAGAACAACACCAGAAGCAAGCCAAGCUUCUCUCGCACAUCCUGAACGAAGAAAAACAGAUGAAGAGAAGACAGAAGAUGUAUCCUCACGUCUUCGAAGAUCCCAAGUGGGAGAAAUCGUUGAGAGUGAAGCCGCAUAAACGCAAGUCACCGACCAUCCUUAGAGAAAUGGCGUCACCCGAGAUGGACGCCUCUCAAGGAAAUUAUGAUGAACAAAUGACUGGAGAGGGAGAGGCUGGCGGAACAAGGGAAGGAGCCAUUACCAUCACGGAGGAGAUGCUUCAAGAUUCAUCAGACGAGGAAGGAGAAGACUUCCUGUUCGGAGGAUCGUCUGGCGUUGCCAUGGCGAUGGGUACGGUAGAGGAUCCAAUCAAGGAAGAUCUAGCCAAGCCCGAGUUUGAAGGGUUGUGGAAUAAACAACACAAAGCAUACAAGAUUCCAAAGGACGAGGAGAAGACGUAUACACUGAAUUAUCCUAGUAAGAUGGAGAAGGAGAUGAUGGCCGCUGCUCUUGAUAAACAUCGAUCUGGGAUAGUCAAGAAACAGAUUGCCGCCGGAAGGGAAUUCAAAGGAUGUGCCUUUGUCAGUAAACCUGAGAUUGUCCACUUUAAGGAUUUUGAUGUUGGUAAAUCAUACAAGAAGAGGAUUAUCCUGACUAAUAUCUCCUACAGCGUUAACUUCCUCAAAUAUGUGGAUUUAUCAGAACAUCUUAAAGACUUCAUUGAUGUACAAUUUGAUCCACCUGGCCAGAUGUCAGCUGGUAUGAGCUGUGAAAUGCUUGUUACAUACAAACCAAUGAUCAAUGAAGACCUUGAAGGCGAGGUUCAGUUCUUGGCUCAGACGGGACCUUUCUGCGUUCCUGUUAAGUGCUCCACCAAGAAAUGUGAUCUGUCGAGUGAUGUAGACUCUGUGAAUUUUGGGACCCAGGUGAUUGGAGAGACCUUGAAGAAGACAAUCACCCUGUUCAAUAAGGGAGCUAAGGGAUGUAACUUUGAAUUCAUCAAAACCACAGGCCUGAAAGCAAGGACAAUAACAUCAGCAGGAACAUCACUUGGGAGAAUGACCACAGCCGAAGAGACGGUUGUAGAAGUAGAAGUGAAAGAACCUACUCCAAAAAAAGGAAAGAAAGGAAAAGGCAAGAAGAAAGAUGAUGAGAAAGCCAAAGCAAAAGCUAAACCCAAGCCAGCAUCAGAGACACCAGUAGUAGAUACAGUCCCAAGUACAUCACCGAGGAAAGAAGAGAAAAUAGAUGAAGAAGACAGAGAUCAGUUAGAUGUCAUCGAGGACGAUAAAGCAGAGAGGCUGGCAAUGUCAGGACGUAGCAAGAAGUCAGUUGUCAUCGUAAGGGAGGAUGAUGAUGAUGACGCUAUCUCUCUAGACGACGAUGAUGAUUUAGGACCUGGAGGAUUAGAUGGGAUGAGAUGCGGUAACGUGACUGGAGGCGAGAUUGGGCCAUUCUCAUCCAUUAAACUGGAAAUCAUCUUUGCACCUCACAUCCCCGGCAAAGUUGACGUGGACUUUGAAAUCAGAUUUACGGAUGAAGAUUCCCAGACGAUCCAUAUCAAGGGAUAUGCCACAGCCAUAGAUGUGCCUGUAUGGGUAGAGAGACAGACAAUAGACCUCAAGAUUUGCAUGUUUGAUCGGCUCUACCAAGAUGCAAUCGUUGUGAACAACCGGGCGACGACAGCGCUGCGCCUCCUGUUUGAGGUGCAGAAGGAGCUUAGGAAUUACAUGGAGAUCCUGCCCAAGACGGCCUACAUCCAAGCUCAAUCACAGUUCUCAGCCCAGCUCAAGUUUCUGCCAAGGCAUAGUCUUAUAAAGGAUGCUGCCAAGUUCUUUGACGAGGAGACUGGCGUGCUUGAAGUCCCAACUAUUAUCAAAGUCGCUGAUCAGACCCGUCCUGUUCCCUUCACCAUCAGCGCUGUUGUCACCAAGUCUGACUUUGAAUUCGACGUCGAUUCCAUCGACUUCGGUUUCUGUACCAUCUACGAGUCAGUCAUCGCAACCGUCAAGCUUACCAAUACCUCGGUUCUCUCUCAGAAAUUUGGUUUCGUCAAUUUACCGGACUUCAUUGAUGUGCAACCCAAUGAGGGCUUUGGAACCCUGUUACCGUUUGAAACCAUUGUACUGGACAUUAUCUUCAGUGCUCAGAAGGCCAAGGAAUAUAGCUUUGAAUUGACAUGCAAGUCGGGCAUUAACAGAGACUUCAAGAUCUCCUGCAGGGGUGUGGGAGUUCAUCCUCCCCUUGAUCUAUCUCACUCCGUGAUUCACUUCGCUGCAACUGCUCUUGAGGAUACUUCAAUCACAUCCCUGUACAUCCUCAACACUCACACCAACGCUAACGAGUUUACUCAUCCCGUACCUCGUAUCGGGAAGGGCGAGAUUGCUCCGGUAGGACCCACGUCCUUUGAGUUUGUGGUGCCCGAGGGAGCGCCGAUCGCCAUUUCUCCCUCGGUCGGUACACUGCAACCGGGAAAGAAGAGCUGUAUCUCUGUGAAGUUCAGUCCCAGCCUUGGUGAUGCUGAGAUCCGAGAAGAAGCGGUGAGAUUGGUCACAAGGAAUCAAGAAGCUCAAGCGAGGAAGGAGUUCGAGGAUGCUCAGUUAGCUGCGAAGAGGAACGCUGCGGAAGCUGAGGAAGAAGAAAAGAAGGGUAAGAAACCGGCUAAGAAACCCGCUCAGAAAUCAGCAGGAAAGAACAAGGGCGGCAAGGGUAGCGCCGGUCUAACCAGACCUAGAUCAGUGGUCCCACCAAAGGCAGAAGAACUAGAUCCAACGAGUGGUGAUUAUGCAGCCGGGAAAGCCUCAUUAUUGAGACAGUUUGAAGGUGAUUUUAGAAGCUAUUCUAUCCCAUGCUAUGUGGCUUCGGGAAUGACUGCAGAUCCUGGUACACUACCUUAUGAUGUUCACAAUACAUUAUUCUUGGAGGUGCAUUGUCCAGCGGUGCGUCCAUCUUUGGUGGUGAUAUCAAACCAUGGACGAAGUGUGGUGGACUUCAGUGAGGUGUCCGUCGGUCAGCGGGUCAUCAAGUCUAUCACCGUCCAGAAUGUGUCUCCGGAGGCUGUAAACCUCCAAUCAUCUGUUCUGGAUACUGGUGGUCCAUUCUUAAUGUUGAAUGCUUUACGGAGUCUAGCACCAGAUGAAACACAUACCAUUCUAAUUGCCUUUGAACCAAUGAAAGCUAACCUGUUCUAUGAAGUGCUUGAUGUCAAGUCUGGUGAACACACCCUUGGUAUCACUCUGAGAGGUCAUGGUCUAAUGCCUGAGGUCAAGCUCUCUCUGGCCGAUGACCGACUGGACAUGGGAUACGUCAUAGCAGGAGAGGAAGCAGAGGAAACAUUCAAGCUGGAGAACAUGUCAUCAUUCGCUAUUGAUUAUCGUAUCCUGUUGGAUAGUCUGUCGUACCAGAAACAGCUUAGCCAACGUGAGCUGCCUGUAUUCAUCAAGAGAGAUAAUAAGAAUGUCGUAGGGCCGGCCAACUAUGAUGGAAGAAGUGUCUUUGAUUGUACUCCGUCCGAUGGAACUCUUCAACCAGGCAAGAAGGUUGAGAUUCGAGUGUUGUUUCGACCUGACCAUGCCAGCAGUCUCUUCUCCGAUAUGGCUCGCAUUCAGUUGUUUGGGAAGCAGGAAGCCCAUGCGAUUCAUUUAAAGGGCGCGGCUAAGACCAAGGUGAUGUUCUUAGAAGGUCUUGAUGAGAUCUAUCCUACCGUUGAAUCGCUCACAUUACUACCGGCACCAGAAGAGGAAGAGGUGGUUGACCCCAAGGCUGUACCUCCGUCAAUCCCAACGUUACUAAGUUUCAAAGCUCUGAGUGUUGACAAGGAGAUCAAACCUGCCACCAGACAGUUACACAUCGGAUGUAUCAAGAGUACCGCACCUACUCAGAAAAAGAAUGGAGAAUUCUUCUUUGACAACGCAGCGUCUCUGAGCGUCCAAGGCUUUCAGGUUGAACCUCAGAGAGGGAUGGUCGAAGCAGGGAAUACUAAACCUGUCACGUUCACAUGGACUCCACCUAAAGGUCAUGAUCCUAAUCUCCCGAUUGAAAGCAGUAUCAUCAUCAACCUCAAAGGGGACAUCUUAGAAAGAUACAACAUUCUCCUGAGAGCACUGGUCGUUUCAGAAUGAUUUCAUCUUUCCGUCAGCAAUUUAUAGAACCGUUUCUAAUAAGUCCGAAGAAGCACUGAUAAUAAGCCAGUUUGGAGUUCCAUUCUGCGCAUGAUCAGAAGAAGUUCAUUUGUACUGAAGAGUCAUGGCGGUUUAAUAUUCAAUGAGAUAAGCACCAACUUUGAUAUCUCGAUUAUUCAUAUAUUCUUUUGAAUUGGGUUUUUCAUUAGAUCCACACAAAAGAAAUCCAAUGCGCCCAUUAGCGACUGGUAUUUCACAGUUGGCCAAGUACAUUGAUAUAACAACAUGCUAAUGCAUUCAUAGCAGAAAUGCAACAAAUACCGUCAUAGAGUGUUCAUUGUGUGCUUUUUUAGUGGCCAGGGUCCCGUAACACAAAGGUUAGCAAUUGAUUGUACGCUUGAUUUUUAUGAUUGAUUGUACAUUGUAGUCUAUGGAAUCAAUCGUAGAAAAACAUUUUACGAUCAUUGCUAAGUUUUGUGUUACGGCCCCUGGUCUGUGCAAUUUCUGCAUCCUGCUAUGUAAGGCAUGCUUACAUAAUAUCUUGCUUUGAAAUCUGCUUAUCAUAAUGAAAGAAAUGAAAUGUCAUUUGACCAAAAUGUCUCAAAAUUUGCGGGAGACUGAAAAGUAAAAAGUCAGUGAGCAACGAGGUCAAAAAACUUUGCGCAGCAGAUAUAUCCCAAAAAUU